AUGGACCCACUACACGAGACCCCGGAACCAACCAUCAGCACUGGCAGGACCGAGGUGGAGGAGGCGGAGGAUGAGGAGGAAGAAGAGGAGGUCUUGAGAGAGGCCAGCCAUGAGGAUGAGGAGGAAGAGGAGGAUGAAGCAGAGCGGUGUGCAGGCAUGGAAGACGUAGACGUUUUAAACAAGAAGCCCAAAAUGGUGGACGCUGUCAGUGAGAGGCGGCGUCGGCGCUCCGGUGGCAUCACUCUCGUACAGCUGCACUCUGAGCUGCACACCCUCAUCUCCGUCAAGGCCAGCCUCAGUUGUUGGAUUGUUUGGCUGGACAAAAUUGUACAUCGCUGCCUUUCAAGUCGGGCCUCGGGUCCCAAACGUGCGAAUGCCGCCAGGCAUCUCAUGCUUGUAUGGAAUUACUAUAGUCGGGCCUCGGGUCCCAAGCGCGCGAAUGCCGCCAGGCAUCUCAUGCUUGUAUGGAAUUACUAUAGCUCCCUUUUGAUGCGUGAACUGACGCUGAGAUUUGCGCUCAGCUUCGGCAGCUGCUACCUCCUGUGGAUGCUGUGUGAUGAGUACCUCUCCUUUCGGCUGGAGCAGGUGGCCUCCAGCCCCCUGAUGACUCUGCCAGUGGACAGCCAUUUGAAUGACAAAACCACCACUACCACUACCAGCACCGCCACCAUCACCAGCAGCAGUUACAACUCUAUGGAUGUCUUCGCAUCUUCAGCCAGUAAAGACUCUCGUCUU